GAUCAGUACGAUUCCACAAGAGGAACGAUAAUUGAACAAUUUCCACCACAAUUAGUGGCUAGUGCUCACCUAACGGCAGUAUCCUGAACGAUUUUUUCAGCCAGCGCCCACCUAACGAUCAUAUCCGUAACCAGUAGACUUUUAGAGCUCAUCUAGUGUUUCUAUCUAGAACUAAUACUACGACUGCAGCGCCAUGCAACGGCCGCGUCCGUUAGAGCUUUGCGCGAGAUUCCGCACGGUGUGUAGUCAACACUAUCACGCACAGCACUGUUUACACUGCGCACUCCGCUCAACAAGUUUUUGAAUAACCAAUUGUGUUUUAUCCAGUGUGUUUUUCUUUUUUAAUUCAGUUAAUAAUAUUAAGUAAUUAGAAUAUUACAUGUGUACGGUCUCACUGAACAAUAAAUUACUAUGAUGUUACGGAAGAUUUUGACUCGUGUUCGAAAACAUCGAACUUGGUAGGAUUGCUUGCUUAGGUAGUACGAAAUUAAUUGUAGCAGUGGUACCCAAAUAGCUUAGCCAUUUCAAAAUCCGGGCUCACGUGCAUCCAAACCAUUGACCUAUGUUGUUAACUAGUUACUACUCAUGGAUAUGCGGGAAUAGAUGGAGAAAAUGCAUCGAUAGUGAAAAUAAGAAUUGUGCUUUGCUGUUAAUGAGUUUUUAACAAACAACUGCUCUUAAUCACCGAAAUACAUCAAAACCACAGUUCUUCGUGUAUCAAACCCUCUUAAUUUGAUUUAUUGUUCAGAACUUAGUCAAUAUGUACAGAACAGGUCUGAUUGAUGAUUCCAAGUCAAAUAGCAUUGUUACAGAUCAAAAGAAUGAUGAAAAUAAAUUGGUAUCAUCAACAGUAUUUAUUACUAAACCUUUACAAAAUGAAUCGGAAGAACAAUGCUCUAAAAAUAGUAUUGUAAGGCUAGAAGAACAUAAGGUAUUAAACAAAUCAAAACAUACUAUAAGAAAAACAUUUUGCAUUGCAUCUAUAUUUAACGCUGUUACCGAAACAAAACUAUUGUCAAACAAAACUGAUGAUCAGAAGUAUAAAGAUCCUACUAUUGAUAAUUCAUGCCACUCACUUUGUGAAAAGCCAAUGCACUCAUAUGAUACACAUACAUCUAACAUAAUAUCAGAUACAAUGAAAUUAAAAAUGCACUGCGUUUUAAAAAAACACAGAAAUGGGAUAUUAUGUAAUAAAUUUACAGAUGUUUAUAAUAAUGAGUAUAAAAGUCACUUAAAUUUUUCCGAGUAUGGAUUCAGCAGCAUGAAAGAUAUGGCAUACAAACUACCUUCUGUAUUUCAUGUAAAAUUAAUUGAAGAUGGCAAUGAAUGUAUUUUAUUUGAAGCUAGUAAAUGGAGUGAAUUGGAAAAUAAAUUAAAUGAUCCAUCAAUAUUUUAUACAAAUAUUCCAAAAACCAUAUUAAGAAAUUUUUCUGAGUUUUUUGAUAAGCAUAGAACUGGUGUGGAUCUCAAUAAAAUGAUGAAAUUAUACCGUUCAAAAUAUGGCCGAUCUUAUGAACCAUUGAAUUAUGGCUACUCUUCCGAAAAACAUAUGUUUGAAUCUUUAGACAAAAUGGUGGAAAUAAAAAAUAGUGUGCUGUAUACUAAAGAUCCUUUUGCUUAUACACAAUUAUUAAAAACAAUAAAUCCUAUUGAUAUUAAUGAAAAAACUGCUCUUGUAUUACCGGAUAAUGAUUUUCUAUUGAAUUACUCGAACAAUGAUAUCUGCAAUGGAAGAUUUAAGUAUUAUAAAAUGAAGUUGAAUGAUCAGAUGUUAAAUAAUGUUAUUGUUGCUGAAGUUUACAGCCCAAGUUCAUUUUAUGUUCAAUUAGCGAAAGAAGCCAAUGCUUUAAAUAAAUUCAUGGAUGAAUUGCAAAAGUUCUAUAAUGAAAAUGAAGAAAAGUACAAAGUUUUACCAAAAUUAAUUCUUCCAGAAUUACCAUGUACCUCAUGUGUUAAAGAUACCAAGUUGUGGCACAGAGCUAAAGUUUUAAAAAUUGUCGAUGAAGAAAAUGUGCAAUUGUUUUUUGUUGAUUAUGGAUCAAUUGAAAUAGUACCAAAAAUCAAUAUCAGACUUUUGCAAUCAAAAUUUAGCACUUAUGCUACUCAAGCAAUACACUGUGGUUUGUACAAAUGUAUAGAGUACAAUUAUUCAAGAGAAAUAAGUGAAUCUUUUGCUGAUAUGGUAGAGCAACACGUGCUAAAAGCACAGGUCCAUCCACCAAUUCCUGAAAACGAUUCUGGAAAAAUAAUGGUUACGUUAUUUUUAAAUACCAAAUAUGAUCAAAUGAAUAUAAACAAAAGAAUCUCCAAAGUUCUUGCAAAUAUAAAAUAUUCAUCAAAAUAUCAAAAAAACAUUUAAAAGAUAAAUCAAUCAAUGUAGUGGAAGAAAUUAAUCGAAUUUGGAUAUUUUAAAAAGAAAAAAAGGGAUGCAGCAUAAAAAAAAAAAAAUUGACUUGAGUAAAAAUAUUUAUUUCAUUAUUUAAUAUAUAACUUAAUCAUCUCUAUAUAUUGUGGUGUAUAUCUGGUAACUAAAUACAUUGACAAGAGAAAAAAGUUAAGUUUCUUCAAAUAUGUGUAUAUAUAUUAUUGUUGAGUCAGUAAGACAUACAUUAUAAUUAUUAUUGUUGGGCCAGAAGGGCCAUCCUUUAUAUCUUUGUGUAUCAUUUAAAUCUGUAUAAUAAUACAAGCCAUUUACCAGCAA